UAUCUCUGAUUGGAUUUGGUUAUAAAUUAACUAUUAUUCUGGCUUAAUGUGGGAUAGGUGGAUCAGUGAUGGUAUGGCUGUAAUAUCAUGGCAUUCCCUAAGCCCACUACUUGAUCUGGAUGGAGGCAUCACUGUCAAGGACCACCGAACCAUUCUGGAGGACCAUGUUCAGUCAGUCGUUCAAACAUUGUACCCUGAAGGUGGUGCCGUGUAUCAGGCUGAUAAUGCACCAAUUUUCACAGCAAUAUUGGUGACACAGUGGUUUGAUGAACAUGAAAGUGAAGUUGAAUAUCUCCCAUGGUCUGUACAGUUACCAGAUCUGAGUAUUAUUGAGCCACUUUGGGGUUCAAAAUCCUUCUGGACACUGCAGGAUUUGUAUCUGUCAUUCCCAAGACCAACUGAUGCUGUACAGUAUUGGCCGCAAAAGGAGGACCUACACCUUACUUAGAAAUUAUUGUAUUCUAAAACGUUUCAGUGUCAUUGUCUAACCUCUGUAUAUAUAAAAUCAAUGGGCAAAACGGACAUUCUAACAAGAUUAAACAUAUUCAUUAAGAGAUUUUUUUUUACCAGUUUCUGUUGCUUAUUUUCUUAUCCAUGCGAAUGUUUCUGAGUUAAAUUUUUCAUAAUCGAAUGACUGGAUCAUUGCCAUUCUGAUAUGACAGUUACGAUAUUUAUUAUUGUUCUUUGUGCACUAUAAAAGCAUCCAGCGAUCCAACAGGCACAGUAAAGUUUUUCGAAGUGGUGCAGGUUUUCCGUGUUAAGUUCGUUUGGCCACUUGGAUCAGCAAGCAAACUGCGUCCACUGCAACAAUUGGAUUCUUGGUUCUUUUUCGGGCGGUUGGAACUGAGUAUGAGAAACGUGUCUGAUUUGCAUGAAGCGCAUAAUUAAUAAAUGCCAAUGUCAAACGAGUAAAUUGUUCCCAAGUCUGUCUCGGUGUAAGAAGAUGUACACCGGUUACCGGUAUCGGUAAACAUGCAUAAAUUGCGCUUUUAGCUUAAUGAAGACGACUGAAGGACUCGGGGUGGUAUUGUAUGGCCUAACACAGCAGGUCUGAAUCGAUCUUCUGAUCUAUCUCCUCCAUAUAACUUGGGAAGUAUGGAAGACCAGUUGGCCAAGAGCAGCGCGGAUUAUGAAAUUCUGGUGGAAAUUGGAGAAGGGGCCUACGGUAAAGUGUACAAAGCCAGGGCGAUAAGGGAGCCGCAGCGCCUCGUAGCGGUGAAGAAGCUGAACAUCCCUGUAGACUCUGAAAGCGGGAUUCCUGCUUUCAUGAUCAGAGAGGUGGCGCUGUUGAAAAAGAUCGAGUUUUUCAACCACCCUAAUAUCGUAAAGUUAUUAAAUGUAUCAGCUACCUGGAAAAAAACCUUGGAUUUGACUUUGGUGUUUGAGUACGUUGAUCAGGACUUGUCGACCUUCCUAGCUAAAGCCCCACAGACAGGCUUAAGCAGGGAGAUGAUUAAGAACCUGAUGGUCCAGCUUCUGCAGGGGCUGGACUUCCUGCACGUCAACAUGCUGGUGCACCGUGACCUGAAGCCGGCCAACGUGCUCAUCAGCGGCCAAGGUCGGGUGAAGAUAGCGGACUUUGGGUUGGCGCGCAUCUACACCAGCCGCAUUGCUCUGACACCGUGUGUCGUGACGCUGUGGUACAGAGCCCCUGAGGUCUUGCUCCACUCCAGCUACACGUCCUCCGUAGACAUGUGGAGCGCAGGGUGCAUUUUUGCGGAGUUCUUCCUCCUGAGGCCAUUGUUUUGUUGCCUUUCUGAGGUACAGCAGCUGCAGAAAAUUAUCGAAGUCAUCGGUCUUCCGCCAGAGGAAGACUGGCCAGCAGAGAGCGCCGUUGCCUAUUCUCCAAACUGGGCAGGUGAUCGAACAUUAAGCCAGAUGCUGCCAAACCUGGACCUGGAGGAGAAUGAGCUGCUGUUGAAACUCCUGACCUUCAACCCCCUGAAACGGAUCCCAGCUUCCAAAGCCCUGGAACAUCCCUUCUUUAAGGGCCCGUAGCAGCAGGACCAGGGAGAUGGCCCUGGAGUUGGGGUUUGGGAGCAUCGACUCUCUCAUAGUCAGUCCUCUACUUGGGACUGUAGAUCACCGGAAAUGAGCAAACUGAUGGGAUUUAUGUUACAGAAGGAGAACAUCAUUGGUGUGCUUGAUUAAGUCACACACAAUAGUAAUGUUUCUGAACGAGGGGCUGUUGUUACUUGUCAUUGUCACUGCGGUGACCAGUCAGCCACCGGCACCAGGAAUCAGCCAUGAAGUCUUCAGUUGCCCAGUUAUUUUACUUAAUUCUAGUGUUGACUGUCGUUUAGAUGUUUUAUGGGGUUGGAUCUUUGGAUGUGUUCCAUUUCCCUGAAGGCCCUUCUAGGUCCAUGCCAUUUUUAGGCUCCUGGCUCAGAGAUAAUAUAUCACUGGUGUAAACACUUUUUCCUGUGCUGGGCUUUAAGAGACAGAGCUGUUAUAUGGGCAGGAGAUGUACUGGGGGUUGGCAGUGUGGCUGAACUCUCAGAUGGUCUUAUCCGCUGUUAGUGGCGAGGGGGAGGGGGAACAUUCUAAGGGGAAUUUAAGCAUGCAUUACUUACAUAAUGCAGAUAAAAUUAAUUUCAUCACAGUUACCGGUGUUUUGGGGUCACAGGUGUCAAGGUCAAGAUAGAGAGGCAUGAAAAACCAUUGACAUCCAGGCUUUUCUGUGUCAAGUAGUUGUUACUCUGAGGUUGAUGAUUCAUCCCCUGACUCCUGGGGCCACAUAAUCUUUGUGUGAGACAAGGAUUUAGGUAAGGAGCGUAUUUAUUUAUUCAUCAGAGAACUAUACCAGUGAUAGUUAGAAAUUUCUCCGCAUCCACCAAAAGGUUAUGAAUUUCAUAUUGUUCAUUAGGCACUUUGCAGUAACAGCGGGGAAUAUAAACUGCUUAGGAAUCAGUUUUAAGUACCUUUUUCAUGUGUUAAUAUCGAGGGUGUUUAUUUUGACUUUGUUUCUAAGUUUGUGUUUGUUUUGCAAUUCCAACACAAAUGUAACAAAUGUUUCUUGUGUGUCUUGUUUCCUUUCUGACGUUUGAUGUAUUGUUUUCAAAAGGCAUUAACUGUAACAGUGAUGCUAACUAUAGCUAAUUGUUAUUUUAGCUGCUGCUUACAUAGCAGGUUGUUUUGAGCAUUGUUAAUUCUGUCACCAUUUCUGGGUGUUCAGGUGAAUAAAGGUACUUCCUAUGAAAA